CAGACCGACACGGAUCAGGUCACUAGCACAGACUUUGUAUGCAUAAUCAUCAAGUGGCGGCGCCUUAUACUGACAUAAAUGACAGUCCUCGGUCACCAGCACGUCGACGUCGACGUUUGUAUCCACAUUUACUUCGGUCCUCAACGCUAGAACGACUACCACAGUCACCUCGACGAUCACCCAGCCUGCAGCGCCAGCAAAUUCCAAUGGACAAGAUAAAGACAACCAGUCUUCAGAUGCAAGCGGAGGCACAACUGGAAGUGGAGGUACAACUGAAAACGGAGGCGGCAGCGGAGGUGGCAUGAGCACCGCAGCGAAAGCCGGCAUUGGAGCCGGCUGCGGCGUCGGCGCCCUCGUCAUAUGCGCCCUCGUCUUCUUCCUCUGGCGACGCCACCGGGAGAAGUCAAAUCACCAACACGCCGCGGCCCUUACCUCUGCCGGGCAGGACAGCAACCCAAACCCACACACCGCACGCCAGCCGAUGACCGAGGAACAAUCCGCUAAAUACGCCGCAACCGCCGACCAGAUGCUCCACUCGCCGAGAGAGAGAUAUAGCGACCUCAUGCCGACGACUGGUACGACGUCGCCCAGUCCGCCGUACGCCCCUGCAGGGUAUGGGUACGAGUUGGCGAGUUCGCCGGUUCCGCAACAGUACUAUCCUAGACCGCCGAGCCCGCGCAUGUCAGAGCAGCAACGAAUGUAUAGCCCAGGCAAUUCGGUGGAGAUGUACCAUCCAGUUCCUGUCGAGGUGUCGGGGCUGCAUUCUCCGCGACCGCAGCCUGCGUAUCCGAUGCGUGGAACGGAUCCUUCACAAGUCGAUGAGUGGAGACGAUAGUUGGAUUGGUGGUGGAGUAGACUGAUAUAUGUGUCGGGUGGGUUUCUUGUCUGGUUUAUGAAUCCGUACCUGAACUAGUUAUGUAUAAUGCAACUACUGCACGCUGGCAGGUUCUCAGACACAAAAAAGACUAGUAGAGGUCCUGUAUUAUACUAUGUGCCUUCAAAACUUAGACUCAUGAGUAACAUUGAUAAUCUUCGAAGCCGUGAAUC